UGUCAGAGGCUGCUUCGCCAGCGCUGCGCGCCGCGGCUGGACACGUCUGGGCUGGGACCAACGCAAGCGGCUAUCGCCGGCGGCGCCCUGCGCUUCUCAGUCCCCUCGGAGCUCGGGCCCUGUCGCGGCGUUUGCGCUCUCCCCCGCGCCUGCCCUCGGCGUGCUGGGACAGCAUGCUCCGGGUCCUGCUCCUCGGCGUGCUGGCCCCCGCCGGUCUGGGGCUCCCCACGUCCCCAGAGCCUCAGCCACGCGGCAGCCAGUGCGUCGAGCACGACUGCUUCGAGCUUUUCCGGGGCCCCGCGACCUUCUUCGCCGCCAGCCAGGCCUGCGAAGGGUUAGGGGGCCACCUGAUGACUGUGCGCUCCUCAGUGGCGGCUGAUGUCAUCUCCUUGCUACUGAGCGGCGACAGCGGCGACAGCCCGCGCCUCUGGAUCGGCCUGCAGCUCCCGCCCGGUUGCAGUGACCCAGGGCAACUCGGGCCCUUGCGCGGCUUCCAGUGGGUUACCGGCGACAACCGCACCAGCUACAGCAGGUGGGCGCGGUUGCACGUUGACCCAGCGCCUCUCUGCGGCCCCCUGUGCGUCGCAGUCUCGGAAGCUGGGGCCCUAGCACCCCGCGAGCCAGCCUGGGAGGAGCAGCAGUGCACUGCAGAAGCUGAUGGUUUCCUCUGCGAGUUCCACUUUGCAGCCUCCUGCAAGCCCCUGCUCGUGGACUCUGGAGCCGUGGCGGCCGCCGGUGUAACGAUCACCUAUACCACUCCGUUCCGGGCCACUGGCGCGGACUUCCAGGCGCUACCCGCGGGUAGCUCUGCCUCUAUAGCGCCCUUCGGAGUGGAGCUGGAGUGCGCGGCGCCGCCAGGAGAGGCCGAGGCGCGCUGGGGCCGGGAUGACCAGGGCGCCUGGGACUGCAGCGUCGAGAACGGCGGCUGCCAGGACACUUGCAACAGGAGCGCUGAGACGUCUCAGUGCUUCUGCCCGGCUGACGCCUACCUAGAGGCUGACGGGCGCUCCUGCGCCGCACAAGCGGAUCACCCUUGCCACAAACUCUGCGAGCACUAUUGCAUUACCAACAGCUACGUGCCCGGCUCUUACUCGUGCAUGUGCGAGACCGGCUACCAGCUGGCUGCUGACCAGCACGGGUGCGAGGACGUGGACGACUGUAUCCAGGUGCCCAGUCCGUGCCCGCAGCGAUGUGUUAAUACGCGGGGCGCCUUCGAAUGCCACUGCAACCCUGGCUUCGAGUUGGUGAACAACGACUGCGUGGAGUCAGUGGACCCGUGCUUAGGGAGCAAGUGCGAGUAUCAGUGCCAGCCUGUGGGCCAGACAGACUAUCGCUGCAUCUGCGCUGAGGGCUUCGCACCCAGCCCUCAGGACCCACACAGGUGCCUAAUGUUCUGUAACCAGACUGCAUGCCCAGCAGACUGCGAUCCCUACAGCCCAACUUCCUGCCAGUGCCCUGAAGGCUACAUCCUGGAUGACGGCUUCAUGUGCACAGACAUUGAUGAGUGCGAAAACGGAGACUGCCCCGGGGCCUGCCGCAACCUCCCAGGCACCUACGAGUGCAUCUGUGGGCCUGACUGUGACCCCACCGAGGUGAACACUGAUGGUGAUGGUGACGGCGGUUCUGGGGAGCCCCCGGUCAGCCCGACUCCCGGCGCCACCUUGAGCCCCUCACCUGUAGGGCCCUUGCAUUCUGGAGUGCUCAUCGGCAUCUCCAUCGCCAGCCUAUCUCUGGUGGUGGCGCUUUUGGCGCUCUUGUGCCACCUGCGCAAGAAGCAAGGCACCACGAGGGCGGAGCUGGAGUACAAGUGUGGUUCCCCGGCCAAAGAGGUGGUGCUCCAGCAUGUGCGAACUGAGCAGAUGCCUCAGAAACUCUGAGAGGCCUCUUUCCUGUCCCCUGCUGUGGGGUGGGCCUUCCCUCCCUCCUGCGUCUCUCCCCCUCCCCCAGCCUUACUCCCUGGGCACCUAAUCCAAAGCACUUUAGCUGGCAUCAGAACUGGAGAAGAUUCUGCCCCCUUUCUUUUGCUGAUUCCACAUUUGGCUGGGGAGCGGGGGUUGGAAAGAGUAUGCGCCCCAGCCACUUCCUUGACAUCAUCACACGGCUGGCUAGGCAGAGAUGGCAAUUUAUAGUGAAGAUGCAGACUACAGCGUGUCCCAAGACCUCGCCAAGGGGCACAGGAUGGGGGAGCCUCCUUGGCUGGCUUGCAAUCCCGUGGUCUUUGGGUCAGACUUGCAAUCCCGUGGACUAGUGAGUGUAAUCAAGGUGUGGAUAAUGACCAAGAUAUUUAUUUUUUUAAAGUAUUUAGGAUGAUUUUUUUUUCCUUUGUGUUUCCUUCCCCCCCCACCUGUAUAUCUUCAGUACCCGCUUUGUAUCCCUCCCUUCUUCACUUCCCCUUCCCUAUCUGUAUAUUUAUAUAUUUCUACUCCUCAGGUGGGAGUUAAACCAUCUUGGUGGUGUUCCCAGCACUCUCACAUUGCUGAAGCCAAGCCCCUGUUCCCUUUGUUAUUCCACCCAAUUUUCCCCUCCCUGGAAUUCAGCCAACCUACCUGGAGUCUCCCUACCUGGUCACCCUCCUUCUGUCUUUCCAUGUCUACCUUGGUAAAUGUAUGUAUGAAGCAGAAUCAAAAACACUACAGUCAAGGUUGGUUGGAAUUUAUUUGCUCUUGAACCAGGCUUGCUAAUUUAUCCUGAAAAUUCAGGCUUCCAGAGUAAUAUCAUUUUAACAAAAGUUAUGAUGUGAGGGCAUUCAUUGGACUAAUGUUGCCGGACUGUCACAGAAAUUCAACCCAAGGAGUUUUUUUUAAUUUUAAUUUUUUAAACAAUGAGCCUGGGUUUUAUUGUCAUUUUCGUUUGAACUGAAAUAUCUAUAUUGUUGUUAAGCUUCUUAUGCCAGUUUCUUUUUCCCAUGAUUAUAACUGUUGUUGUUAUUACUGGUUAUUUUUGACAACGUUGAAAAUGUUCUCAUUAUUGCUCUAGAUUAAGAGGGGAAUGAAUUUCUUCCCACAAGAGAGUUUAAGAAAGUUCUAAGCUGCACAAUUCAUGCGUUACCAUUUUGAAUCUUACUCUUUUUGUAAUGUGUGCUCCAAAACAAAACCAGUUCUGCUGGGUUUGGGGGUUGGGGAUUUGGGAAUUUAGGGAUGAAACCUGGAGGUUGUCCAAUUAGGGCCUCACCUUGAUCAGGCCCUCCUCGGGAAUUUCUCCCACUUUAAAGGGGUCUUCCAACCCUGGCCACUUAGAACACGAUCCCUGGACAAGAAGGGAAAGCUGCUCCUGGCGGCUGGCUAGAAAUGCAGAAGCUCCAGCUGCACAAGAAUUCAUAUUUUAACAAGAUCUGCAGGGGUUUGCCCAAUAUAGCUUGAGAAGAACUGUUUCAGACAGCUUCCAAAUUUCUGGAAUACAUUAAAUAUAGAUCAGUAAUAAGCAGCAGGCCAAGUCCGGGCCUAUAUUCUCAAGAAACUGAGGAAUUUUCAAUUAAUAGAUUUGCUUUCUGAUAGAAAAGACGAGGUACACACCUUUAGACAUUGCUACACAGGGUUGUUGGUUCAACUAAGCUAGGAAUGAAUUGUGUUUCACUGUAUCGGAAAAAUGUAUCAUACAAGUGUAUCUUUUGUAAAACAAAGGUUUUCCUCUAUUUUGUAAACUCAGCACAUUUGUACAUAGUUAUUUAUUUAUUGGAGAUAAACUAGAACACAGGCAAAACUCUUGCUUAUGACAUCACAUGUAGAAAAUAAACAAAUAACAAAGCGA